GACGCAAGGCAGCUAAACGCGUUCCACUGGUCAACCAGCACCAACAGCAAGACAGGAGCACCCAACAUAGCAGUAGCCCCACUUGGUGGAAGUAAAAAAACGGCAGUCGAAGUGGGCUUAGUGUUAUUUUUUUUCUUCUCUUGUACCAAAUGUGGAAGUGUCUUCGGUGUGAAAUCCAAUCAGCGAAAAAGAUAAUUUAGUUCGAAUUUCCCGCGCAGGAUUACGAAAAGAAUAUUGACGCUGGAGGAACUCGAAAAUACUGGCCACUUCCUAAGUGGGCCCGUUGUGGAGUUGUCUGGAUCCAAAUCAUAAGCCGUUAUCAACAAUAACAAAUCAUAUUCAACAACGCAGGAGGAAGAGAACACGUCACCGGGUGCUCUCUCAACCAACACGGGAAGUAGCAUUAUCUACCUCCGUUAGCGACUCGAGGGCAUGUUUUCCACUUUCAUCGGACUAAUAGAUAUUCAAUCAUGGUGGGAGGUGCCCUGCAUUGCACACUUCUGUUCGUUGUUUAGUGGCUCCUUUCAUUUGCCGGAUUUCGACAUCGAGGAUUUGGAGGAAGCUCUUCUGACCGAUGUCGACACCGAGAGCGAGGUUGAUCUAAAAGUCUACAGCGCUCGCCUGUUGCCGGAUCUCAUUGUUGCUCUGCUGAAGGGUUGUGACACGCUCAGCCAGAUCGUAUCACACAUCAGCCCGAGUAACUAUCAGAUGUUCCUGAGGCGAUUAUUUCGUCAGAAAUGUCAGGAAUAUAACAUCGACAAUCCGUUCAACGAGGAUACUGAUUUUGAAAAGCUACCGCUUCGCACCAAGAUCCUUAUUUUAAAGUACCUGUGUGACUUUCGCUUGGACUCUGCCGACGUUUUCAAUAGAUUUGCCAACCUCGAAGCCGACAGUUUGCGAGUCGAGCCAUUAGGCUUUGACAGUAAAGGUUCUGCUUACUGGUACUUCUUCGGCACAAGACUCUACCGGGAAGAUUACGACGUUCCAACUGGUAAGGGUAGCAAAUCAGCAAAGCGGUCUGUUUGGCAAGUCAUUUGCUUUACUGAAGACGACUGGAGAAAUCUGGCUGGAAAGUUCAAGCGCUCAAAACACGAAAACGAGCGUGCAUUGCUACACCAGUUGGAAGAGAAUUUUCUUCCGAACAUACCAAAAAUCUUCCGCGAUAAAGAGCGCGAGAGAAGGAAUAAGCUUCUAGAGCGACGUACCUCAUCCCGUAUCAAGGUCUACGAAGAACGUCGCCUAGCCGAUCAUUUUCGCCAGAAAGAGGUCGAAGAAGCUCAGAAAGCACUACUCAAAGAACAGCGCAAGCUCCAAGGAAAGUGCGAUCCAGAACCAGAGGACUUCCGACCCCAAAAAGAAAUAUUAGCCGAUCAAAAGGCUAGGCUAGCUGAAGACAGAGCUAAACGCGCCGAACGACGGUCACGUUCGAAUUCGGUCUCAAGUAUAGUAUCCACCUAUGCCAGCUCGCCAGAACCUCUCACGAGUGAUUUUAUUUUUCAGCCAAAAGAAAGCGAAUGUCUAACUUUUAGAAAACACUCGUCUGGUGGGGCGAAACAUUCCGCAACCGUUAUUGUUAGUAAUCCACCCGCUUCCCCUUCCUCGGAGCUAGGCUCCGAACCGAGUUCAAGUGCGGACAUUGAAGUGCACCCGGGUGCUUCCAAGCAAGAUCCCGACGAAGUGUUAGAAGAAGAAAACAUCGACGACGAAGAAGAUCUCGAAGAGGACAGUGCAAGUGUGAUCGUCGUCGAUCAAGUGAACAUUACAAACUUUACUGAAGUUGGGUCAAGUAUUAGUGUUGCCAGUGGGACGACCACAACCAGCAGUGGGAUCAGCAGUCGUGAGCAGCGUGAAAAGACACCAUCGACAACCCCCACGCCUUCGCCUCCAUCAGCAUCACAGCCAGAGGAAGAGUGCCCUCUGCCGACGGCCAGUGAACCAGUGAAGCGAAAGUCCAAAUUGAGUGCAGAGAUUGAAGGACUGCUACAAUACAAUCGAAACAUGGCCCCAACUACGACCAAACUGCCCGGGCGGCAAACCAACAAUUCGCUGUCAUCGGUCACAGGACCGGUGAUCCUGCCGUUCACCGAAACUCCACCACCGAAAACGUCGAGUAACAGCUCGAGUAGCAAGAGUGGGGAAUCGACUGCCGUUGCUGGCAGCGGUGGAACUACCAGUACCAGUGGAAGGAAAAAGAAGAGCAAAGCUUCAGAAGUUUUUACGGAAACCGAAGAGGUCCUGCAGAUCGGUAUGCAUAAAGUUUUGGAAUACAUCAAAAACCAUGAUGACGCUUGGCCAUUCGUGGAUCCGGUCGACGAGGACAUCGCACCGCGCUAUUAUUCGAUCAUUAGGAGACCGAUGGAUCUGCAAAAGAUGGAAGAGAAGCUGGACAACGGGGAGUAUCUAACAUUCAGUGACUUCCGCAAUGAUUUUAAGCUGAUAGUAAACAACUGUCGGCUUUAUAACGGCCAAGCAAAUGAAUAUACCGAAAUGGUGAAUAACUUGCAGUUGGCAUUCGAAAAAGCGAAGAAGAAGUACUUCGAUUCAAAUUCCUCGGACGAAGAGCAAACCCUCGAAUAUCCGAUCUUCAAGGAGAAACCAUUCGGAAAUAGUGGCGGGAAAACCAUUAGUGAGUCUCCCGGGAGCAGCGGUACCAGUGUUGUUAACAAUAGUAAACAUACGAAUGAAAACAAAAGCGAUAGCAGCAGCAAAAAAAGUAACAACGUUAAAAACAGUAGCAUCAGCAGCAGCAGCGUUGUAAAGGAUGCUAAAAAUGAUAAAAAGAAGGAAAAGUAAAAAGUUCUCACAAAAGGGAAGCAUGAAGCCGACGAUUGCAGCGAUAAGAGCAAAACUCUUAGCAGUGGUACCAGCAGUAAGUCAAAAGGAAAACUGAAUGCCGAAGAUGAAUCCAAAAGUAACAAAAGUGGUAACGAAGGGCACAAACGAAAACGCAAGGAGAAAGAUAAAAUAGGUAAAGGAAGAAGUAAGAAGUUCAAACCGAACAGUGGUGAGGAUGAAGAGAGCCCUGAAGAGGAGGGUGCAGAUGAAGAAGCAGAUGUUAAAAGUGUGAAAGAUUAUUCGGAAUUUGAAGAAGAAAUGCGAUCUCCGUCGCCUAUCGUGCACGAAAGUAAGAAGAAAAGCAAUUCAAAGGCGAAGAAAAAAGAUGAAAGAGCAAAGGAUCAAAAGAAAAGUUCAAAGUCGUCUAAAAAAGAGGAUAAGAAGUUGGCGAAGCAUGAGGUUGGUAAGAAAGUGCACCGAAAGUCGCCAAUUCGAUCUCGAUCUGUGUCCAGGUCUAGAUCAGCUUCACCAAUAUCGAGAUCUUCUAGUCCAGUACCAACUUCGACGGCGAAGAAAAUAAAAGAAUCCACAAAACAGAAACGUUCCAAAAAAGGACGGAAAGAAGAAAAAUCCGUUGAACGAGCGUCCGUGGAACAGAAGUCUUCCAAACAAUUAGAUACUUCUAUGAGCUCUGGAACGCCUUCCCCGGUCAAGGCUCGUGGUAGAAAAAAGGCGGUCGAUAAGAAAAAUGAUUCUUUGAGUGAAGAAGAAGCUUCCGCGGAUCCUCCAAUGCACGAGGAAGAUGACAAGGAAACAGAUCUCAGUAAUUUUGCUGAUAUUGACGAAAUAAGGAUUAAGAAUGAUAGUCGGGAGUAUGCUUCCGAUGAUAGUACUGAUGAUCUCCAAGCGGCUGAUGAAGGAAAAAAGAGCAAAAAGCAUAAGAAAAAUAACCAGAAGGCAACUAAAGCAAAGACAAAAAAUAAAAACGAGGAAAAAUCUAAAAAGAGUAAAUCAAAAGCCAAGAACGGCAAGAGCAAAAAAUCCAAAAGUAAGAGCUUGGAAAACGCAUCAUUGGUUUCAUCCAGCAAUGAAGAGGAAGCCAUUAUAGAAGAUCUGAGAGAAAACAAAAAUAAAAAGCCUGUGGAAAAGGAAAUUAAAAGUGCCUCAAUAAAACAACCAAAAGAUUUUUCCAAAUACACACCACUACCCAGAACUAGGAGCUCGUCCAGAAGCUUUUCUCGAUCACCGAGCCCUUUGCCUUCUAUCAGAGAUGCAUAUUCAUCGAUGUCGGAUCACUCUAUGGAAUUUGACCAAGAACUUUGUAAUACUGGGGAGGAAGAACCGGCUCCAACUAGGCCUUUAACACCGGACAUCAGAGACAAAUAUGACUUGAUCAAAGAACGACGGCGUAAUCAACAGAAAGCAACACCUCAAAGUAACACUCCGGCAACCUUGAUUCCCGAAAAAACAACAAAACAGAAAGUUAACCCUCAGGAAGCAAGUCGAAAGAAGCAAAAGUCUAAUCAAACUAAUACCAGCUCAAGUGCCUCAUCAAUCUCUAGCAAGCAGCCGAAGGUUACAGAGGAGAAAGAAAAACCUACCAAAACCAAAGAAACAGGUAAAAGCAAAACAAAGCCCGAGCGAAGUAGUGAAUGUAAACGCAAUUCUCCACUGCCGGAGGACGUCAAAGAUUGGACCCCGCUGGAACCACAUCCCAUAGUAGAAAAAACUCGACCUUCCUACAUGGAUGAGAAAGCAGAUAACCGCGAAUCGGAAAGGAAAAUGGAUCCAAGUGAUGAAUACGACUUCAUUGAUGAUUCUCCCGCUGAAAUGUCUACGCCGAAGGUGUCAACGCCGGUAAACUCGCUGCCAGACAAAAUACCAAAGCCUCCAAAAAGCAAGACAGAUCCAAUCAAAAAACAAACACAGAAAGCAAAUAAAACCAAUCAGAACAACACGUUGGUGAAGCCGAACCCUAGCACAGCUAGUAAACAACCGAAAACAUCCGGUGCAAAUAUGGAGGCUUUGGAGUUGGAAACCGAGCAAACGCUAAAGGACAUCAACAAAUGGCUAGAAAACACGCCGAGAUUUUCGGAAUACAGCUCUGCGAGUAACUCUCCUUCUCGCUAUAUAAUGGACGAUCUUGACUCUGUGACAGCUAAGAUCGAUGCUGCAGAUUUCCGGAAACCCAUACCGCUUUCCCAGCUCCCUGAAGAGGAACAAAACAAUGCGCCCAUGAUACCUAUAGCCCAGUCAGUAGCUUCUCCAUCUUUGAGUACGCUACCAACUGCAAUUCCAAUGUUACCCACGUCUCCAAAACCGGUGAUUCCGCCUGCUCUUCCAGUACCAAAGGAACCAGCUAAACCGAAGUAUCCCAAGGAGCUGCCAUAUGACCCAAACCCUAUUAAGGAAUCUAUCAAUAAUGUCAACAUAUCUACUGCUUCUCAUCCCGCUGUGAAACCUUAUCCCAUGCAACAGCCAGUGGUUAGUACAGCGGCCGUUCCCGUUGCAUCUGCAACAACAGCGGCGGAGCGUCCUCAUCUUGGCCCACCACCGAUAAUCCCGCCACACUCGCAGAAAAAGGAACCCAAAGAACCCAAGAGGAAGACUUUGAAGGAAAAGCUAAGUCAAUUGGGUUCUCGUAAGAGAGAGACUGUGCAUCGAACAAUCGAUCGGCUACAGCCGGGAAAGUCUAAAGGAAAUUUGUUAACGUCCAUUCAGAAUCUCAACAAACCGGAAGAGUUGUUCCCAUUGGGUGGAGCGACUAAUAAACUUAAAGAGGUCAAGAAUUCAUUGAUCGUUAAGACCGAUGAGUCGAAACCAAAACUAAGCUUGGGCACCGUUUUGGAUACUGAAGGGUUUGGUUUGGGACAACAGCAUAACUUUGCGGAUGAAAAAAAGGAGAACGUAUCAGACGUGGUCGAACAUAAGGUUGAUAAGAAAGAUAGUGAAAGCGAGAAAUCAUUAAGCAGCUCCAAGGAUGACAAUGUUAAUGCUGAUAAGCUUCUUAUAGCUGAUGAUAUCAAAGCGGCCAAAGCAGAGCUAGCAAAGAUUGACCCAACUAAGGUAGUGGAAUCGCCGGAGAAGUUAGUCAAAGCUGCGUCAAAAUCGGAAAAACCGUCGGCGACACCGAAUUUGAGUGCGUGGUUGAAAGCAUUCGGGGGACCGAAAAGAGCCAAAAAAUCAGAAGAAGGAGACGAAAGCGUUAGCAAGAAUUCUCCAUCUGAAAGUGGGAAGGGUAAUGAAAAUACCUCUCCAUCUGAGGCAGGGUUGAAUGUGCCGAUGGUACCAAGUUUAGAAAGCCCAAGCUAUCCCUCGUUGCCUGCUCCUAGGCAGAGAAAGGCUUCUACGGGCAGUACUGUGUCGGAGCGAUCUUCGUUUAGUCAGGAUCCAGAUAGUCCACGAAUUGGAAUUGAUGAACGGAUCGGAGUGUAUCCGGCGCCUUAUCCCAGUCCAAUGGGGGCAUCACCUAUUAUGACUUCACCGAAAAUAGACGAAACACAGAAAAGCCCUUACCCGCUUAAUGGUGCUAUCAAAGUUGGAUUUUAUCAAGAUACUACUACGAAGAGUAGUCCAGAGAAAAGCUGUAGUCCAAGAGAUUUACCGUCACCGUAUCCACAAUACUCUCAACAUUUGUAUAGCUCCAAUACGGGAAUGGCGGGAAACAAUUUGUAUGGCAACUACUCAUAUGGCGGCAAUGCCAACCCCAGUACCAGUAACACAAAUGUAGAUAACUUCAAAAAUUUUGAUCAGUACAAACAACCUGCUUCCCAGGAGUCGGAUUACAAUUCAUCAAUGAGUCCCAGUACAAAUCCAAAUUCUCCUUAUCAUAACCAGCAAUCAUCGCCUUACCAACAACAACCUAAUUCGCCGUACCAACAGCAACAACCAAAUCAAAACUACAGCCAACAACAGCAGCAGCCAAUCGCAUCUCCGGCAUCAACUGGACCAUUGUCUCCUUACAGCACAAAUCCAAUAGCACCUCAAUCUUCAGUACAACAGAGCCCGGCUCAAUCCGUCAGUGGCCACUCGCCUUUCAACCCAUCGCCGACAUCGCCUUAUCAGACACCUCAACACCAGUCGCAAAGCCAACCAGUACAGGUUCAAAAACCCAGUCAACAGCCACAACAACCCCCACAAACGCAGCAGCAACAGCAGCACACAUCGAAACCAAAUACUCCCAUCCACCAAAGCCCAAAUUCGCCUUUCUCACAGUCGAACCACAGCUCGCCGUAUUCACAACAGGAUCCAAAUUCUCCGUACUCCCAGGGACAGCUGUCGCCCUUCCAACCUAUGUCUCCGAAACCGCCUCAAUCAAGUCUUCCGGCUAUUCCCCAAGGAACUACUAACAACAGCUUGAAGCUAGCCCCUCCAAUUAUUACUCCUCAACAAGCAGCUGCAGCAGCAGGCGUUACUCUUCCUGAAUCGCCCGUAAAUAGUCUUUCCCAACAGCCCCAACAAAUGUCACCACAACAGCAGCAAGUGCAAACUACAGGAUCUCAGCUGCCCAUUCAGCAGCAACAAACACAACUUCCACAACAACUGAAUACUCAAGCGUCAUGGAAUCAACCGCACCAUCAGCCGAACUACAACCAGUACGCAGCCCCAUCCGACAGCUCUAUUGGGAUGAAUUCGAAUGUCCCUGCCCCAGCUCAUAUGCAUCACCAACAACAACAAGUACAACCUCAACAACAGCAACCAAAACCCCAGCCAGCACAUCACAAUGUUCAGCAGCAUAUGCAACCGCCACUACACAACCAACAGCAGCAGCAGCAACAGCACCAUCAAACACCUUCAUCCUGUCAGCAGCAAAAUCAACAGCCACUGCAAACUUCUGCUCUCAACAAUCUUACCCCUGCUCACUCUCAAGCCAGUCAGCAGCAACAGCAGCAUCAUAGUCAUCUUAGUAAUCUACUCAGUAACAAUCCCUACACAUCCACCUAUGGAAGGCAAGCUUACGACCAAACUGGUCAAAAUACCCACGUGGGACAAAAUGUUGGUAAGAACUCGACAACCAAAGUACCUGACCUAAUCAACUUGGGCUACAACAGCGGAAGUGGCAAUAACGAAAGUAACGCAAACAGUAACAAGAAUCAGUCUCAGCAGCAACAACAGCAAGACAUUCCGAUGAAUAUGGGAAACAAACCUCCCAUUGUGGAUGCGACCAAGGAGAAAGAGCUUACGAAGCAGCAACAGAUGUUUGAGCUAAUGGGUGCCAUGGGUUAUGCGAAUCCGAUGGAUAUUUCAAUUUCAAAAUCGAAAGCUUUUGACAUGUUCAAUCGCGCAGCUACAAUGACUUUUCCCCGUGGAUUUCCUGGAAGCAGUAGCGAUAGUGGCCCGGCAAGUGGGAGCCAAGCACAGCAGCAAGAUCUUACCAAGAUGGGAUACGGUACGAGCGCAGUUGGAUACGAUCAGAUGCAAACUAAUGUCAAUAAGGCCCAUGAUAUGAGCGGGACGAAUGCUUAUAAUAUGCAGCAACAACAACAGCCGCAGCACCAUCAGUCGUCGCAUGCUCAUCAACAGCAACCGAAAAGUAAUCAAACUGAUGUGCUAGCUGUUGGUAAUAACAGGGCAAACGUAUCCGCGUCUUAUGAUCAAAGGUCAGUCAGUAAUGUUCCCCAACAGCAACAGCAGACAAACAUGGAUCUCAGUUCCGGAGGAUACAAGUCAUUCAGUGGAUCUGCGUCUACGUCGUUGAUGGAUCCGGCGUUACGAAACCUGGCGUCUCUUUCAUCGUUGUACCAAUCCGAUGGUGCAUCCGGCUUCUAUGACAAGAACAUCCCUCCUGCAGCUCACAUGUUUGGAAAAAAUCUGCCAAAUCAUCCUCCAGGGGCUUCUGCAGCGUCAGUUUCUACGACGUCUACUUUACAACAGAUGUUCAAUUCGUCAAUGGCCACCACGAUGGCCUACAAUGCUGCGACACGUGACCAAUCAAGUGCGUAUGGGUCAAACUAUCAUCAAAGGAACGAUAUGCUUAAUCAAGCACAAAAAGUACCAUUGAAUAUCCCCACAGUGGCAAAUGCAUCUACUCCAGUGGAACCGGCAAAACCAAAACGAAGUCGAAAAAAGAAAGAUACGCAAGAGGUUAUGCAACAACAAAUGCAGCAACAAGUUCACCAGCACCAACAGCCACAGCCCAAUGCGGCUCAUCAAGGAUUCCAGGCAUAUCCUGGUCUAAAAUCUCAAUCAUCCAAUUCGGCUAGCAGUCAAUCCAAUACGACGCCCAAUGUUCCUGGUAAUGUUGGCACCAACGUCACAGGGAAUUCCGAACCAUCUGCGAUUUCGCUAAAAACAGCGAACGUUGUCCCGGGCAGUGCCUUCAACUUUGGCACCGGACCGGCAGGACUUGGCCUACCUUCCAGCUUGUAUGGCGAAAAUUCGCCAUAUCUAGACGAGUUCCGCAACAAUCCCAAUCCGUAUUCUUACCUUGCAUCUAGUCACCGAGGAGCUGCCUCUUCAGGAACAGCGUCGGCGGAUGGAUCCGAUAAGACUCUCAAUCCUUCCGCGUCCACUGCCUCAGCAGUAGCCGCUGUUGCGGCAGCUGCUGCUGUUGCUCAUCAGCCACCCCCAGCAGCCUCACCAUACCACCAGUUUCUUUCCCACCCUUCUUCUCGUGCACCAUAUCAGUUUAUGAAUCAGCUAGAUCCCCUGCAUCAACAGUACCUACGACAAGAGGAGCUUCGAGCCCAAAUGAUGCUGAACCAAAGUCUAGGGUUGGGUGCACCGAGCGCCCAUGGACCGCCUCCGGUGGCUUAUGGCCAACCGGGCGCCUACCACCAUCCUCUUGGCAUGCACAAACCCUACGAUGCCAUGAACUCGAUGAAUCGAUCACCGUGGCUAUAACAGCAGCAGGAUGUCGCCGGCCAUCAGACGGACACGAACCGACCGAAGGCGGGUGACGCAACGGGAAUUUCGGAACGGCAAUCCACCAUCGUUAAUUGCAGUAACGCCGGUGGUACCAAUAGUGACAACACUACUAGCGUGAUCUCUUCCGGUAACGCAGCGAACGAAUCGGUGGCCUGGAGCGCUCGCAGGAAUCAAAACAAUUUCCAGUAGAAGCGAACGGUUUCGGAUAUUUCUAUCAUUUUAACUCUUCAAAGUGGACAUAUUUGUGAAUAUCGAUAUGUUAUGUUGUUGUGACAACAGUGAUUUUAAUUUUAGAAAAGUUUUGUUUUAUUGAAUUUAGAUAUAUUUCCGAUGUUGCCAAGAAAAUUGUAAUUAGAAGAUGGCAAGUGGAAGUCAGUUUUUUUUUCUAUUCGUAUUCAGAUAAAAUUGCUGGAACACAGAGACCACACUAGUGAAUACUGUAUAUAAUGUACUACCUAUUUUAAAGUAAUUUGUAGUACCUCCUUUCUAAAGAUGUGCUAUGAAGUAGUUUUAGCAUGUAUCUUUUUGAUAGAAAAACCUUUCGUGAUUAGUGUACUGAAAUUAGUUUGUGUAGUUUCAUCAUCUAUAUUUUAUAAAAAGCAGUCAAUUAUGUGUGCAAUAUCAAGAACUGAUUCAAAGCCGAGUGUGGUGUGCAUUUCUCAUUUGUAUAUUUGUUCAUGUUAAAUACUACGCAGUUGCGUAGAAGUUGUUGGGGGCUAGCUUUUUAUUCUUUUGCUUUUCGAUCAUCUGUGUUGCAGAUUCUACUUCCUUUACAAUUGUGUCCCAUCAGUACGAAGUAGCUGUAUACCUACUUGGAAUAAAGAAUAUAUGUUUGGCUACAUUAUUUUCAAAAGAAUUUUCAGCGAUUUUAUCUUAAUUCUAAAUUUGCUUCUUUCUACGUCAUUCUUUGUAUUUGCUUUUGUAGAAAUAAGCUGAUGCUCUGAAAUUACGAUUUAAGAGCACUGCAACAUCCAUAAACAUGUUGUAAGCCAAAUUUAUGCCAAAAUUCUUUCAUUUUUUUACUUGAAGCAAUGCAAUAUCCAAUAUUUAUGGAACCGUACGUUUUAUUCGUGUUUUUUUUAAUUUUAAUUGAUACUUCCAAUACUUUGAGAAAUGCUUUACCAAUCCGACGUCGAAGCUUAUCGAGUGCUUCGAAAUAGAAUCUUGAACUUGAACAAAAUCAUUCAUUCGGAUGAGAACCGGUCACAGCAGACUGCUACUGUUAUUUAUUCAAAUAUGUUGGUUUCCACUCAAUGUGCCCGAAAGAAAACCACUAAGUGGUUAUUUGAAAGUUAAUGCGAUUACUGGUGAAUUAUCUUUAGAGCUACGUACGUACAUUCAGGCGUUAAUUAGGGCUAAAGUAGUGCUGAGUAAAAACCAAACCGCAAAAAUGUCUAAGCCAAGCACAAUGCUUGAACCUCAGUUUAGCUUAAAAUGCACUCUCAGCACUGUAAUAAAAUGUCUAUAUUUGUUAAAUGUUGUAUUUGAGUCGUUUUCGUUUUUUCUCUCUUAACCAAUCACAGAUCAACUAGCGAUUAUCCAGUGUGUCUGUGAAGGUAAUUGGUAAAAUAAAAGAUUCACAUUAAAUGUUACUACUUGUGUGCACUAGGUUAACUGCUUAAAUUGUUUAGUUUUCAGCUAUGUCUGAUGGUAAUGAGAUUAAACCAAUGAAUAUCAAAUAAACGGUUUCGAUCAAAUGAAUAUUUUCACUAUUUUCGGAACAAUUUUAGAAAACUAAAAACGCUUUUCCUUUUAGUCAAAAAUCUAUGCCCGUACACCACCAAUUAUUCAAGUUGGGUGAGACCAUUCCUGUACAAGGAAAAGGGUAACGCAUAAUUGACAUGGAAUACGAAUGCUUUUCCAUUCUGACAGGACGUGUAAAAUGACGCAUCUUUUUGUGCACUUUCUCAUUUUAGAAGUACAAGACAGUGAAGCUAUUAUCAACCUUAUCAACACAAAUCAUGGAAGAAACAUUUUCACUAGUUUCAUACGCUGGAAUUUUGACAUAAGCUGUGAUAAGAAUCUAUUUGUUGAAAAAAGAGAAACCACACAAAAGAGCUCACUUCUGCACAUACCGCCGGAAUGAUGAAUUGUUCGAAAUACAUUACUAUGCAAUUUUCUUGACCUGAAAACAAUACAGGCCAGCUCUUAUGCCUUAGUUAUGAAAAAGUUGAUUGAAAAUAUCUUAUAGUCGAUGCAGGACGAAAUAUCAUACCUGAAUAGAUGCAUAAGCAUUAGAAUUCCAGAUUGAAACCCACGGUUAUUUUAUAACCUAUAUAACAUCAACAUAUGCGUUACUAAAUCUUUAAAAAUCUAUUUUCUUGGUAAUCGACUGCACCGUACCCUCGUAUGAAUUAGGAUUAAUAAUUAAACAGAAUCAAAAUACUGAUAAGUUUGUAAAUACAUUGAUUCUUUUGGUAUGACUUGAAACAUUAUACAUUACGGUCAGAGGUAACAAAAGAAACAAAAAAAAGCUAAGGAAAACAUAAACGAUUCUUAUAUUGAAAAGGAUUGUUUUCAUGUUAGUUUUAUGAGAUAAUAUUGUACAAUGUCUUAAGAUUAUUGGAAAAUAGGAAAUAUUAGACUUGUAAGCUAGGUAAUAUGACAGGUGACAAACAUACGGAAAUGUUUACUGUGUAUUAAUUCAGAAGGUUCAAUGAGUCAACCCAAAAAAUGAAAAAAAACAAGAUUUGUUUUACUUCUUUGGAUAAAGUUAAGAAUGUUGAUUAAUACUAUAAAAUAGAGUCGUAAAUAAAUUAAACCAUAUAUACAAUAAUCGGUUUAGUUUUAUACAUUAUACUAUGAAGCAUGUACUGUAAAGGUAACGCAGAUAAAGUAUAUUACUAUUGACAAGUAACCUUACAAAUGCAUGAAAAAAAAACUGCAAAGUGUGGAAGUAGUAGAAAAAUAUACAAAAAUAAACUGUGAACGAAACAAGUGUAAUAUGCAAAAAAAAAAUAUAUUUAAAACAUAUGUACUGAA